UAUGAUUGUAUGUUACUGACUAGGAAGAUAACUAAAUGAGGACAAUGUUUAAGGAACAAUCGCAAUGAUGUAGGAGUGAGAGAUGAAGGACAAUAGUUUAGACACUAGAUUACUGUGCAACCUUUUGCUGUUUCUGCUGUUUUUCAUUGCUCAAUGCCAAUUGGAGCGCUGCCUGGACGCACGAAUUCCUUGGAGCACCUUAUAUCUAUCCAAUGCAGAAGUUCAAAUGAAUUAUGGCAGGAUACCGACAUGGCAAAAUUCUAAGGUACACUUCUUCGCUAUGAGUUUUGUGGUCCCUGACAGACAAAAAUAUUCUGUAGAUGAUGAUCUUGGUGGAGAAAUUGAAAUUGAGAAGCUCCCUCACCUAGAGAUUGAAAUAAAGCGGAAGGAUUUGUUGCCUGUUUUUGAACACUUCCACAAAGUGAAUUCUGAUUGGAGCAACAGGUAUGUGAACAUCCUUGCAAUGUAUUUCUCUUCUGGCUCUUACUCUAUUUUAUUACACUAUUAUCGUCCCUUUUUAAAUUACUUUUGUUGA